CACAAUCUUGUAGUCUGUGACCAAACGCGCUUCGGUUCGCGCGUAUUCUUAUUUGAAUUUCGAACGCGACAGUUUGAAUACGACUUCGAUUUUUAUUGGAGUUCGAAAGUGAUUUUUGAGAAUUCAAACGGUGCGCGUUAAAUAAAAAAGCAAAAAUGGCGGUAGUGUGGUUGGUUGUGCUAACGCUUUUUUCGAGUCAGGAGAUUUUUGCAAGUUAUCGUGACUGUUCGAAUAUUGGAAAUAUACGGAAUUGUGACGAAUGCAUUCGAUGUGCUGGCCACUGGUGCAACGAUCCUAAUGAAAACAGAAGAUGUACGAAAGAGCGGUUCGAUGACUGGUGUCCUGGGCAACAAGAAACGCUGACAUAUCAACAGGAAGUCACUGAACCUGGACAACACUUUAAACCGAAGUUCAUGUUGAGAAAUAUUCGCAGCGGCGCGGAUGACAGCGUGACGAUCGACUUUAAAUCUACCAGUAAUAACCCAAAGAUUGAUGUUGUCUUCAAUACAACACAAAACAAUUUGAGUCCGGACAGCAGCAUCAAAUGCGAGAACGGAGAAUGUCAUACCACCAUCGACGUAUUAACGGACACCGACUUCUGCGAUGCGAAAGGACACACUUCAGAGUUCUUCAAUAUAAAGCUCAAAGUAGAUAAUAUUGCUGAGGAGGCGGUUAUGAAGUUUCACGUCCCUUGCGCGUGCGCUUGCAGCGAAAAAGUUGAAAUACAGUCUCCGACGUGCAAUGGGAGAGGAAAUUUUACAUGCGGCACGUGCACCUGCAGUGGCGAUUGGACAGGAACGUUCUGCGACAUUCCCAUUUGCCACAAGAAGCGCGGUGAUGUCCCUUGCACUGACUCCACUCGAAGCGAUGUGGAAUGCUCCGGUAACGGAGUGUGCAGCGCUUGCGACGAGUGCGUCUGUUUCACCGACAGGAUUGGCUCUCAGUAUUUCGACAAAGACAAUUACUGCGCAGACAUUUGCACUAUAACCAACGACUGCGACGAUUGCUUCAAGAACCCGAUGCCAGGCAGAUGUGACCUCUGUCACUUUCCUCUCAUCCAUAAACCUUUCAACCAGAGUUUGCUUCAGGAAAAGGAUGACUUCAAUAGGAACGUCUGGGUCGCCUGCAAUGACACGUUAGAUGGGUGUUUCUUUGAAUACGUAGCGAUGAGAGACGCUAAUGAUGAUACGUACUAUAUGGUCACCAAAUCCUGCAACCCCGUUGAGGAGAAACAAGUCGUUGGAGGCGGUGUCAAUUUGACGCUGCCGCUGGUGCUGUGCGCGGUGGUGGCGGUAGUGGCGCUGGCGGCGGCGGGCGGAUACGCGGCGUGGCGCGCGCGGCCGCCCGCGCUGCCGCUCGCCGACCCGCUGUACCAGAACAUCGGCGCGGAGGACUGCACGGGAGAGAACCCGCUCUACAAGCCGCCUACCUCCUGCUUCAAGAAUCCCACCUAUGGGAAGUGGUGAUGGUGUUACCUGAUUCACGCCUUUCGGCACAGCAUCGAUACAUUGGGCUGAGUUCAAUGAAACCCAU